UGUUAUAUUUGACUUGGGGUCGAGAUCCUCCAGUUUUAAUGCAAAGUAGAUGAAAAGUGUUUUUUUUUUUUUCUCUCUCUUUAUUUUUUUAUUUAAACAUUGACACACAAAAAACAGUGAGGUCAUCAACCAUACCGGCCUUGCCGUAUAAAGUGUCUGUUCCACAAUCAGAAACUGAAAGCAUGGUAUCACAUAGUCUCACAUUUAAAAUAGCCACUAUUUAAAUCAGUAAAUAACUCGUUACAUAGUAGGACUAUGUUUAUGAUUGUGGUAUUCGAAAUGUCAAACUCGAUGACAGUGUGAACGAAAACAAAAUUGUAUCGGGUUUAUUUAUUUUAAAUAAAACAUAAUUCAACGCACAUUCUGCUGUUGUAUAGUAAUGUUUAAACAGCUGUUGGGAUAUAGAGCGGAUCAAGUAAAUUAAUCAUGCGUGUUUUAAUCAACUGCAUCUGUAUGAUGUAACAGUGUUAUUACAUUGUAUUUUGGUUUCACUACGUUCUGAGUCAAGUUGUGUGUCAUAAUCAUCAAAUCAAGAUGUGGUUGUAGAGGGAUGCUAUUCAUAACGCCAUGUCAUAAUGUUUGGAGAAGAUGGUGGAGAGCAUUCUGUGAAAAGAUAGGUGCAGCGUUGCUCAAAGGUUCAGAAAGACGAUAGUUACCUGGUCGAAAACAACGAAGUGUAAGAAUCAAGUCAAGAAUAUCAUUCAUUACUAUGCCGCUACAAGGAGACCAAACAUACAGACGAUUUAUGGUCAGGUUUCCGAUUUCCUAGAAUUGGAAAUUAGGCAACUAUCCAGGGGCCAUUUUCCCAAACGUCUCCAAAGGUUCCACAAAUAGCAUAUAUAGAGCGGCUAGAGCACCUCCCUGGAUUGGUUUUCUAUUAUGGCUGGUUUACACAAGGAGGUCAACCAAUUUAUUCACAGGCCAAACCGAUCAUACAGACUUAUUUGAUGCGAUUUCGGAAAGUGAUGGACAUCUGGAACGUUCUCAAUUAAUCAGGAGUGUGCCAUUAUUUGCCCAACUCAACGUGUAUCAUGCUGAACAUUUCUGGAGAUACACCCGUACCAUCAUCGGACAUUUCCGGUAACCGGAUAUUCUCAGAAUGGAAGAUUGUGUUUCUCUCGGUCGUUCUUAUGAUGACUAUUAUGACGUUUAUUGGAAACAUAUUUGUUAUUACGUCCGUUCGACUUGAGCGUCGGCUUCAAACUCCGACCAACUAUUUGACACUGUCCCUAGCAGUUACCGACCUUCUAGUAUCGGUCCUUGUUAUGCCAUUAAGUCUCAUUAAUGUGAUAAGCCACAACAUUGUUCUUAUUCCGUUCGUCUGUCACGUGUGGAUAAUCCUUGAUGUCAGUCUUUGUACCGUGUCCAUAUUCCACCUGCUGGUGAUCGCUGUCGACCGAUACCGAUCAGUGACUAAUAUCAAUUAUCGAUGUAGAAGAUCUACUCGUAAGAUUUUUGUUAUGGUAGGUAUUUGCUGGAGUGUGGGUCUGGUGAUAGCCAUCCCACUUGUGGUUGGAGUUUUUGACCCUAAAUAUGACCCCAGCAUCACAGGUCAAUGUUUGAUUGACCAAAGUGUCGUUUAUACAUUAUUUUCAACAAUAUUUGCUUUUUACAUUCCAGCUUUUGCUAUGGUUACCAUUUACUAUAAUAUCUAUAAAAUUGCUAAAUCGAGCAUCAGAAAAACAUAUUUCAAAAAACUUCUUAUAAAGGAGGAUAAACAAAUUCGUAGAAGUAGUGCACCCGAGUUCCGAAAGUCCAGUAAAAGACGACAUCGGACGAGUUUCGCCAAUUUUCGAUAUCAUUUUGGUCGCUCUCAUGAAAGUUUCGAAAGCUCCCGAUCCCACUCAAGUGCUUGUGAAACGGUCAGCUCAUGUGUCCACGUAAAUCGUUCCAAUCUUCCAAAUUCUGACUUAUCACAAGUUCAUAACCGGAGAUGCCUUUCACGGACAAGUCUAGACAGUUCUAAAAUCCCCUCGUCUUCGAUAAAAUCUAACAGUCUAAGAUCGCCAUGCAGUAUCGAUAGUUGUGAUACAGACAGUGGAUAUACAGACUGCCAUUCUAGUGUUGAUGGUAAUCGUGAAAACAUUGACGUUCAUCAGCCAGAUACCAGUGAAAACAUCACCGAUUACGAAGAUCAAAUUGUCUGUUCUUCAUCUAAGCUUGGCAAUCCUCGAAGUACUGAAAGGCGUUGCGCUUGCAUGAAUGAUCGUCGUGAAAACUCGAGCUUUUCUUGUUCUGGUUUCUACAAUCAUCGGGAGAGUGCCGACUGUUCUGACACUAGUUUCUCUGAUCACGUUAUUGAUACCAUUCAUUCCCGUGCCAGUAUUGACGGUCGCUGUAUUAGUUUUAGCAACUCUAGUUUCGUAUCGAGUAGUAAAUCAUCAAGAAAAUCAGCAACAACACUGGAAAUCAAAAAUAAACAAAUCUCUAAAAUUGAUGACGAAAACAAACCUCAAACCAUAAACCACUCCCCACUGCAUGUGAGGAGAGGAGCUAAUUCGGUGGAUAAAGAGAGUAUGCAAAUAUUUACUAUUGGAAACGAUGACAAUUUAGAAAAUAACUCAACAAUAUGUUCAGUCCGUCGUGGUAACGUUCUAAACUUAUCCGAAGAGAAAAAAAGGCAUGAAUCGAAGAGGGAGAGACGAGCUGCACGAACUCUCGGAAUCAUCACGGGGACAUUCAUCAUAUGUUGGCUACCAUUUUUCAUCGUUGCUUUGAUAUCACCAUUGAUUAACAGCAAGGUCAAUGUUCCGGAAUCUGUUCAGAAUUUCGUUCUUUGGCUUGGCUAUCUAAACUGUCUUCUUAAUCCCAUUAUAUAUACCGUGUUUAAUCCUGAGUUCAGAAAAGCCUUCAGAAAAUUAUUAUUCUGCAGGUAUUGCAAAACCCGCAGAAUAAAUUAGUACAUGGAUAUCUGUGUACAAACAACAUAAAAUGUCAUAACCGGCCUGGAUUCAAGAUUACUCGGUCAUGUUGAAGUUUAAUCAUGGGUAAUUUUUGUGAAUAUACUCUAGAGCCCUUUUUAUUUAUAUUGUAUCGAUUGUGAUGUGGUGUUGGUUACUUUGUAAUUAACUAUCAAUAUGACCGGCCGAUAUCAAAGAGUCUGCAGUGUCCUUGAUUUCAUGUUCGAUAUUGUAUAUCCCACCGACAUGGUUAAUACAAGCUCUUUGCGUAUUUGUGUAACUAAUAAAACUGCAUAUCAAAAUCGAAACGCUAUUACUUUAUAAUAACAAUGACGUUAUCAAUGGCGACCAAUGACCUGAAGUUAUUCCAAUUUGUCAAUUCAAAUUAAGAUAUUCAUUAAAGCAAUGU